CCUAACAGGGUCUAAACAAGAAAGAUGAUGAAUGAGUAAGGUGGGAUCCAACAAGACGGUAGUAAAGAAUGAAAUAAUUUAUGAAUUAUUUUUUUCCGAAGCUCGGUAGAAAAACUCAAUGAAGGAAGGCAAAAGCUUAACCACUGGGUACAUUUAUGAUUCUUAAUGAUUAAUUACUUGAACACUAUAAAUUUGGAUAUCAUUCGCCACAGAAAUGGAAAAAAGUGAUGAACCUGAACAGUCUAUCUCCUUGGGGAGGCAGGAGUUUAGAAGGAGAAGACGACCCAGCCAGCCAAUGGUAGACAAGUCCCAGCAAACUGAUGUGACAGAAAAAAAGAAACCUGUGGCUGUAGUACAACCUCCUGCCCCCAAAGCUACCACCAGUAUUGGUAAUAUUUCUGGAAGCAAAAGCAACUACUCUGCAAAAGAACAUGAGUCUCUUGGAUUGUCUUCUCAACUUCAGCAAACUUGGAUAAAGAGAAAGCAUGGCAUGGACAUGACUGAUAAGUCUCUGCAGACAGACACUUCUGUGGAAAAAGUGAAAGUCAUGUUGACUGAUAAAACACUUACCUGUGAAGAAACCGUAGCUGGUGUUGGAGAAACAGCUCCUGCAGUGGCACAGAGUGUUCCAGAAGCAGAGAUUCCAACAAACAGACCCACAACUCAUUUAAUAGACAGAUCUCAGCAGACCAGUUGUACUGGUGACUGGAGUCUGGUAAACAUUUGCCAAAGAGAUACAGUGGACAAAGAACAACAGACAUACUUAAGUGAGUUAGAAAUUACUAUCAUGCCUAUGCCAAGUGGUUCCCUGAUUAAGUCAAAGGAGGAAACAACACCUGGUGCACAAGGUUCCUUGUCUGAAGUAAAUGGUUCUCUUGAAACAGAGGUACUUUCAACUGAAAAAGUCUCUGAUGCCCAGAUGCCUGUCACUGAAGGGAAGUUUUCUGGUGAAACCCAGGAUCAACCAGCUGACGUGCUUUCUUCUGUUAGUGGUCUGUCAGUGGCAGGGGCUCCUUCAGAUGAGACUUAUGAUCAUCAGAUUCCCCAAGGAGCUGAAGAGGCUUCUAAAGAAGUACCUGUGGAAGUUCAGUCACCACUAGAUAAGCAAGCAGUAGAAGAGGUCUCUAAAGAAAUUGCUAUGGUGCUAGAUGAGGAAUUUCCUGUAGAAGAGGUCUUUGAAGGAGGCCGCCCUCCAUCAACUGAAGACGUCUCUGCAGAUAAGGCUACUGCAGAAGUGCAGCCUCCACCAACUGAGGAGGUUCCAACAGAAGAUAUCCCUGCAAAAGUUCCACCUCCACCAACUGAAGACACCCUUGUAGAUGACACAACUGCAGAAGUUCCCCCACAACUUGAGGAGGCCCCUGAAGAAGUUCCACCUGCACCGGCUGAGGAGACCCCUGAAGAAGUUCCACCUGCACCGGCUGAGGAGACCCCUGAAGAAAUUCCACCUGCACCGGCUGAGGAGACCCCUGAAGAAGUUCCACCUGCACCGGCUGAGGAGACCCCUGAAGAAGUUCCACCUGCACCGGCUGAGGAGACCCCUGAAGAAGUUCCACCUGCACCGGCUGAGGAGACCCCUGAAGAAGUUCCGCCUGCACCGGCCGAGGAGACCCCUGAAGAAGUUCCGCCUGCACCGGCCGAGGAGACCCCUGAAGAAGUUCCGCCUGCACCGGCCGAGGAGACCCCUGAAGAAGUUCCGCCUGCACCGGCCGAGGAGACCCCUGAAGAAGUUCCACCUGCACCGGCCGAGGAGACCCCUGAGGAAGUUCCACCUGCACCGGCCGAGGAGACCCCUGAAGAAGUUCCACCUCCACCGGCCGAGGAGAUCCCUGAAGAAGUUCCACCUCCACCGGCCGAGGAGACCCCUGAAGAAGUUCCACCUGCACCGGCUGAGGAGACCCCUGAAGAAGUUCCACCUGCACCGGCUGAGGAGACCCCUGAAGAAGUUCCACCUGCACCGGCUGAGGAGACCCCUGAAGAAGUUCCACCUGCACCAACUGAGGAGACCCCUGAAGAAGUUCCACCUGCACCAACUGAGGAGACCCCUGAAGAAGUUCCACCUUCACCAGCUGAGGAGACCCCUGAAGAAGUUCCACCUGCACUGGCUGAGGAGGCCCCUGAAGAAGUUCCACCUUCACCAGCUGAGGAGACCCCUAAAGAAGUUCCACCUUCACCAGCUGAGGAGACCCCUGAAGAAGUUCCACCUCCACCAACUGAAGAGGGCCCUGAAGAAGUUCCACCUUCACCAGCUGAGGAGACCCCUGAAGAAGUUCCGCCUGCACCGGCUGAGGAGACCCCUGAAGAAGUUCCACCUGCACCAACUCAAGAGAGCCCUGAAGAAGUUCCACCUGCACCAACUGAGGAGACCCCUGAAGAAGUUCCGCCUGCACCGGCUGAGGAAACCCCUGAAGAAGUUCCACCUGCACCAACUGAGGAGACCCCUGAAGAAGUUCCACCUGCACCGGCUGAGGAGACCCCUAAGUUCCACCUUCACCGGCUGAGGAGACCCCUGAAGAAGUUCCGCCUGCACCGGCCGAGGAGACCCCUGAAGAAGUUCCGCCUGCACCGGCCGAGGAGACCCCUGAAGAAGUUCCGCCUGCACCGGCCGAGGAGACCCCUGAAGAAGUUCCGCCUGCACCGGCCGAGGAGACCCCUGAAGAAGUUCCGCCUGCACCGGCCGAGGAGACCCCUGAAGAAGUUCCACCUGCACCGGCCGAGGAGACCCCUGAGGAAGUUCCACCUGCACCGGCCGAGGAGUUCCGCCUGCACCGGCCGAGGAGACCCUGAAGAAGUUCCGCCUGCACCGGCCGAGGAGACCCCUGAAGAAGUUCCGCCUGCACCGGCCGAGGAGACCCCUGAAGAAGUUCCGCCUGCACCGACCCCUGAAGAAGUUCCACCUUCACCAGCUGAGGAGACCCCUGAAGAAGUUCCACCUGCACUGGCUGAGGAGGCCCCUGAAGAAGUUCCACCUUCACCAGCUGAGGAGACCCCUAAAGAAGUUCCACCUUCACCAGCUGAGGAGACCCCUGAAGAAGUUCCACCUCCACCAACUGAAGAGGGCCCUGAAGAAGUUCCACCUUCACCAGCUGAGGAGACCCCUGAAGAAGUUCCGCCUGCACCGGCUGAGGAGACCCCUGAAGAAGUUCCACCUGCACCAACUCAAGAGAGCCCUGAAGAAAAGGAAUUUCCUGCUGAAGUUCAGCAUUUACCACCUGAAAUUUCUGCAGAAGAGUCUCCUGUUAAACAGACUUCCAAAACUAAUGUGGUUCCUAUUCAAGAGUUCCCUAAGCAAGAGAUACCUGCUGAAGAUUCACUUCUACCUUCUGAACAAACCCCUGAAGAUAAGACUCUACUAAAAGAACAUCAAUUGUCCCCAGUAGCAGGUAUCGCUGACAAAGAAGUAGAGUGUUCUGCUUUAACAGGUGAUAGAAACCCUGAACGAACAGAUCCUAUUUCUGCAGAUGUGUCUAGGACCAAGAAUGAGUGAUCUCCACUUUCAAAAUAGAAGGUACCAUUAAAAUAGAGUUAAAGAACCCCUCCUCCUGAGAUAUAGCCAGGUUCUAACUUAAGCUAGCAACCAUAUUUUAGGAGAUUCUAGAAGAGCAUUCUUUAGAAAAUGAGGUGCUAUCUGGAAGAACUUUCAUGGGCAGAUUAAAGGAAAAGGAUCCCAAAAACUGAGCAUACAGGUUGAACAAUGAAUAAAAGCAGUCGCAGCUUAAA